UCUCUUGCUUACCCUGUAAUUAUUUUGUUUGUUCACUUACACUAUUAUCAAUAAUAACAAGCAGUGAUUUUCACGCAGUUGCAUCUGCACCAUUAUUUUAUCUUUGUAGAUGUAUAAAUAGAGUACCCAGUUAUUCUCUAAUUAAUCAAAGGCAAGUAAAAUGUCUAUGAGAGCAGCAGAAAUUCCACUCCUUUUAUUCAUUAUAUUUUGCUUCCUACCCCUCUUUGUUCAGUCCCAAUGCAGAAGAGCUCCUGUGGUGUUCGCCUUUGGUGACUCCAACACGGACACUGGUGCGUAUUUUUCUGGCCUGGGUAUGCUUUUUGGAACUCCCAACGGUCGUACAUACUUCAACCGGCCAUCUGGCCGAUUGUCUGAUGGACGUUUGGCCAUUGAUUUCCUAUGCGAAAGUUUGAACUCUAGUUACUUGACACCAUAUCUUGAACCUCUUGGGCCAGAUUUUAGAAAUGGAGUUAAUUUUGCGUUUGCUGGUGCUGCCACUUCUCCUAGAUUUAAACCUUUUAGCCUGGAUGUUCAAGUUCUUCAGUUCACUCACUUCCGCGCUCGCUCACCGGAGCUAAUAUUAAAAGGCCAUAAUGAAUUGGUUAAUGAGGAAGAUUUCAAGGAUGCACUUUACUUAAUUGACAUUGGGCAGAAUGAUUUGGCUGGUUCAUUUGAACAUCUUUCAUAUGAAGAAGUUAUCGCAAAGAUCCCAUCUAUCAUUGUCGAAAUCGACUAUGCUAUCCAGGGUAUAUAUCAGCAAGGAGGAAGGAACUUCUGGGUACACAAUACAGGGCCUCUGGGUUGUUUGCCUAGAAUACUUUCCAUAACUGAGAAGAAAGCAAGCGAUUUUGAUGAGCAUGGGUGCCUUUGUCCUCUCAACGAUGCUGCUAAGGAAUUUAACAAACAGUUGCAUGCUCUGUGCGAAGAACUUAGAUCUGAAUUGGAGGAUAGCACCCUUGUCUAUGUGGAUAUGUAUUCCAUCAAGUAUGAUCUAUUCGCCAAUGCUGCCACUUACGGGUUUGAGAAUCCAUUGAUGGCAUGCUGUGGACAUGGUGGAGCGCCAUACAACUAUAAUAAGAACAUUACAUGUGGGGUAAGUGGGCACAAUGUGUGCGAUGAAGGAUCAAAAUACAUAAAUUGGGAUGGAGUUCACUACACAGAAGCUGCAAAUGCAAUUGUCGCCUCCAACAUACUUUCCACCAAUUACUCUACUCCUCAAAUCAAGUUUAAUUUCUUUUGUAACAAAUGAAAUUCAUCUCUGCUAUAUUUGUUAGGAGCCAUCUUCUAUAAUAAGCCAACGACAAAAAAUCUAAUUGUGAAAUUUCCUCCUUAUGUUAUGGUAACCUGCCUACAAUGUAUUGGACUCCUCAUUUUAUAAUAAUAAAUUAUUUUUCAUUUU